AGUCUGUAUGAGGAGAGGAUUGUUCUGAGCAGCAAGAAAUUUCUCCUCCAGCUCCAGUUCAAUCAAAACUCUCCUGUACCACUCGUCCAUCCAGGCAGGACUAUAUUUUUCUAGGUCAGUUUCAAAAUCAGGUGACGUAGGGGUAGGACGUGAAAUAGGCUGAGAUGUGGGCGGGGCCAAAGUAAUGGGAGGCUGAUCUUGACAAUUAACAAUAUACUGAGGGUGACUAGAAUCAAUAUAAAUGUCCUGAUACUGUGUGAAAGUAUUAUUACUGUCCAAGUCUUUGGAAAAUGGCUGAGAUAUAUCGUCCACAAUAAAAAAAUCUUCUGAAAAAAUGUCAUCAACAGAGGCCGGUGUUGCGACACCGGUGGGCGUUCCCCAAAUGACGUCAUCGCUUGUGUCAGAAAAAGUGUCAUGGCAGCUUAAGGAAUGAUUUGAAAAAAAACAAGCAGGAUUACCGGUAAUGACGGGUGAAUCCUGGACGGGGUGAAACUUGCUGUGUCCAUGGGGAGGAAUAAGUGGUGCUGGAACAUUACUGCCGCGCGGGGGACCUCUCCACUGGACCCCCCGCUUCUUCGGGGCAGCGCGAACGGCUUCGGAGGAGACUUCAGGCCCACAGUCGAGUCUUUCCUGCUCCCAAGCCACGAGCUCCAACCACAACCCUAAGUCGAAGGGUUCCUCCCGUGGUUUCGACGCGGAAAAACAACUUGAUGCUCGGAUCCUACUGUGAUGACUCUUCUUCGGCAUUGUAAUGCCGGUGUGGUUUUCCCGUGGAUGCGUCGAAGCAGAACACAGCAUAGGUAUGCGCCGUUCAGGUGAAAAACACAGGCCAGAUGUACGCCUGCAAGAAAUUGUGUAAAAAGCGUCUGAAGAAGAAGGGCGGAGAGAAGAUGGCCCUUUUGGAGAAAAAAAUCCUGGAGAAGGUCAACAGUCUGUUUCUGGUCAAUUUGGCCUACGCUUAUGACAGCAAGACCCACCUGUGCCUUGUCAUGACCCUGAUGAACGGCGGAGACCUUAAGUACCACAUCUACAACAUAGGCUACGACGGCAAAGGCGUGGACAAGGGCAUCGAGAUGAAGCGCAUUGUUCACUACACGGCCCAAAUCACCACGGGGAUUCUGCACCUGCAUGAGAUGGAUAUCGUUUAUCGGGACAUGAAGCCUGAGAACGUGUUGCUGGACAGCCAAGGCCAGUGUCGACUUUCAGAUUUGGGUCUGGCCAUAGAGCUGGUCCCAGGCAAGACCGUCACCCAGAUGGCCGGCACAGGGGCGUACAUGGCUCCAGAGCUCUUGAACAAAACUCCGUACAGGACAUCUGUGGACUGGUGGGCGCUGGGUUGCAGCAUCUACGAGAUGGUGGCCGGCUACACGCCUUUUAAAGGCCCCGACAGCAAAAAGGAGAAGGUGGAGAAGGAGGAGGUGCAGCGACGUAUUAUCAACGAGGAACCCAAGUGGGAUCACAAGUGUUUUGAUGCCAACACCAAGGACAUCAUCCAGCUUUUCCUCAAGAAGAAAAUCGAGGAGCGUCUGGGGAUGAAGAAUAACAUGGAGGAUCCCAGGUUGCACCCGUGGUUCAAGAGCAUCAACUUCCCACGUCUAGAGGCCGGGCUGGUGGAUCCCCCGUGGGUUCCCAAGCCCAACGUCGUCUAUGCCAAAGACACGGGAGACAUUGCCGAGUUCUCUGAAAUCAAAGGCAUCGAAUUUGACGCCAAGGAUGACAAAUUCUUCAAGGAGUUUAGCACAGGUGCCGUGCCCAUACCCUGGCAGCAGGAGAUGAUCGAAACAGGACUGUUCGACGAGCUCAACGAUCCCAACCGGAAAGAAGGAGGCGGGGGCGAUUUAGACGGCGAGGCCAAGUCCGGCACGUGUAUAUUGCUGUGAGAGGACUCGUCAUGUAACUUUCUGUCAGUCACAACGCUCGAAAAGAUGGUGGACACUUCAAGUAUGAUGCGGCAUGCGAUCUAAGGCCGAGCUCCCCUGGUCCUGGGGCGAAAGGAUUAGGAUCCAAUGGUGUUUGUGCUGCACCGAUUCUUUCGUUAAUAUCUUUAAUUGUGUCAACUUUCAUACAUGUUGAGCAGGAAUGUCAGCUCGGUGUUGUCAUGUCAUCAGAACUCUGUAGAGUUAGUUGAAGGCUUUUGUGCCACAAUUACUAAACUGUAGUUAGUAAUGCAGCUUAGAUAGGCUCCAGCACCCCCCCGCGACUCCGGAAAGGACAAGCGGUAGAAAAUGGACGGAUGGAUAGUUAGUGGAGGAAGUGUCACUUCUCUGGCUGAUUUGACGAUGCCAUCAUAAGGUUACACAACAUGAAAAGUGCUUUUUCACUAUUUGUGUGGCAGGUAGUUGUAGUCCAGUUUAUACUACACCUCAUGGUCUGACCUCAGCUUUAUUAUAAUCCAACAAGUGUACAUAUUGUACAUAAAGAAUAUGUGUGUAGAGAGUUUAAAACAGAAGGUUUAGUCGAAGAAGACCUAAUGUUGGUGCUAUGAGGCAUAUCAACAAAUAGCUAUGUACGGACUAUUCAUUCCUAAGGGUUGAGGUUUCUGAAGGGGUCCUGGAAUGUUCCGUUUUCCCCGCCCACACCUUCCGAGCAGAAUGGGACUAACCAAAACCAGAUGCUGAGAAAACAUCUGCACGUUUUGUUGUACAAUGAGGAUUUAGUAGUAGGUUGUACAAAAAGAAUGAGCACUAUUCAAAGUUAACGUUGUGGGAAAUUGCUAGGAUUUGCAGAUCUGGACCAUAUUCAGUUAAAAAACAAAACAGAGAACUUUUUAUAUUUAAAGCUACGAAGGGGAGUAAAAUUGUACACGUCCUAUUUCUUUUUCUCUAGGGAGAGUUUUUACGGUUACUGUGAGAAAAGAUGAUUUAAAGGUGGCUUAAGAUGCUACAUAGAAGUAGCAGAUGUACCGAUGGAAAAUUUCCUUGAAUCCUUUGAAUAAAGGGAAAUGCAUGUCUUUUAAAAACGCGUCUUUUCUGUCUUGUCAGUCGAGACCAUGGUCCUGCAGAGAACUGCAGAGUAAAAAAUGACCAGGUCGGUUGAAGGAUCGCUGACUAUACUAUGUGGUAAGUUCAACUCUUAGCUGUUAAAGGGAUAACAACUGUUAUCCUUUCACAUUCUUUGCUCGAAUCAGACUCAAAUCCCUUAAGGUUCUAAAGCAUCCCGAGGUAAGCGCCGGAAGGUUGGUCGGUGCGGAAAGAAGCCGAUGUCGGACCGUAAAGGGACUGAAUAGGUACAUCCGAGUAUACUACGGUGCCAUCGGAAUGACCUUGUGAAAUAGUUGGGUCUUUGCGAGCGCUUGAUUGGCCGGACUCAAAGAAAGUAGGAGUGCCGGAAGGUUGGUCGGUGCGGAAAGAAGCCAAUGUCGGACCGUAAAGGCACUGAAUAGGUACAUCCGGGACUCUCUUAAGAUGCUACAUAGACGUAACAGAUGUACCGAUGGAAUUUGCUUGAAUCCUUUGAAUAAAAGGGAAAUGCAUGUCUUUUAAAAAAGCGUCUUUUCUGUCUGUCAGUCAGUCGAGACCACGGUCCUGCAGAGAACUGCAGAGUAAAACACGACCAGGUCGGUUGAAGGAUCGCUGACUAUACUAUGUGGUAAGUUCAACUCUUAGCUGUUAAAGGGAUAACAACUGUUAUCCUUUCGCAUUCUUUGCUCGAAUCAGACUCAAAUCCCUUAAGGUUCUAAAGCAUCCCGAGGCAAGCGCCGGAAGGUUGGUCGGUGCGGAAAGAAGCCGAUGUCGGACCGUAAAGGCACUGAAUAGGUACAUCCGAGUAUACUACGGUGCCAUCGGAAUGACCUUGUGAAAUAGUUGAGUCUUUGCGAGCGCUUGAUUGGCCGGACUCAAAGAAAGUAGGAGUGCCGGAAGGUUGGUCGGUGCGGAAAGAAGCCAAUGUCGGACCGUAAAGGCACUGAAUAGGUACAUCCGGGACUCUCUUAAGAUGCUACAUAGACGUAACAGAUGUACCGAUGGAAUUUGCUUGAAUCCUUUGAAUAAAAGGGAAAUGCAUGUCUUUUAAAAAAGCGUCUUUUCUGUCUGUCAGUCAGUCGAGACCACGGUCCUGCAGAGAACUGCAGAGUAAAACACGACCAGGUCGGUUGAAGGAUCGCUGACUAUACUAUGUGGUAAGUUCAACUCUUAGCUGUUAAAGGGAUAACAACUGUUAUCCUUUCGCAUUCUUUGCUCGAAUCAGACUCAAAUCCCUUAAGGUUCUAAAGCAUCCCGAGGCAAGCGCCGGAAGGUUGGUCGGUGCGGAAAGAAGCCGAUGUCGGACCGUAAAGGCACUGAAUAGGUACAUCCGAGUAUACUACGGUGCCAUCGGAAUGACCUUGUGAAAUAGUUGAGUCUUUGCGAGCGCUUGAUUGGCCGGACUCAAAGAAAGUAGGAGUGCCGGAAGGUUGGUCGGUGCGGAAAGAAGCCAAUGUCGGACCGUAAAGGCACUGAAUAGGUACAUCCGGGACUCUCUUAAGAUGCUACAUAGACGUAACAGAUGUACCGAUGGAAUUUGCUUGAAUCCUUUGAAUAAAAGGGAAAUGCAUGUCUUUUAAAAAAGCGUCUUUUCUGUCUGUCAGUCAGUCGAGACCACGGUCCUGCAGAGAACUGCAGAGUAAAACACGACCAGGUCGGUUGAAGGAUCGCUGACUAUACUAUGUGGUAAGUUCAACUCUUAGCUGUUAAAGGGAUAACAACUGUUAUCCUUUCGCAUUCUUUGCUCGAAUCAGACUCAAAUCCCUUAAGGUUCUAAAGCAUCCCGAGGCAAGCGCCGGAAGGUUGGUCGGUGCGGAAAGAAGCCGAUGUCGGACCGUAAAGGCACUGAAUAGGUACAUCCGAGUAUACUACGGUGCCAUCGGAAUGACCUUGUGAAAUAGUUGAGUCUUUGCGAGCGCUUGAUUGGCCGGACUCAAAGAAAGUAGGAGUGCCGGAAGGUUGGUCGGUGCGGAAAGAAGCCAAUGUCGGACCGUAAAGGCACUGAAUAGGUACAUCCGGGACUCUCUUAAGAUGCUACAUAGACGUAACAGAUGUACCGAUGGAAUUUGCUUGAAUCCUUUGAAUAAAAGGUAAAUGCAUGUCUUUUAAAAAAGCGUCUUUUCUGUCUGUCAGUCAGUCGAGACCACGGUCCUGCAGAGAACUGCAGAGUAAAACACGACCAGGUCGGUUGAAGGAUCGCUGACUAUACUAUGUGGUAAGUUCAACUCUUAGCUGUUAAAGGGAUAACAACUGUUAUCCUUUCACAUUCUUUGCUCGAAUCAGACUCAAAUCCCUUAAGGUUCUAAAGCAUCCCGAGGCAAGCGCCGGAAGGUUGGUCGGUGUGGAAAGAAGCCGAUGUCGGACCGUAAAGGCACUGAAUAGGUACAUCCGGGUAUACUACGGUGCCAUCGGAAUGACCUUGUGAAAUAGUUGGGUCUUUGCGAGCGCUUCAUUGGCCGGACUCAAAGAAAGUAGGAGCUUAGGAGACACUUAAACCCACAGAGAUUAUCCCUCGGAAGCACAAAACUGCAUGAGCAACAGAGCGCUUGAUGGAUGGCUGUAACUGCGAUUUCACAAGUACCACACGAUUCUAUGAAUACAUUGAAACCAUUAAGAUGUGAUUUUAAGGUUCUACUACUUACGUAUAAAAUACUACACGGUCUAGCUCCAGCCUACCUUGCCGAUUGUUUUGUACCAUAUGUCUCGGCAAGAAAUCUGCGUUCAAAGAACUGCGGCUUAUUAGUGAUUCCCAGAGCCCCAAAAAAGUCUGCGGGCUAUAGAACGUUUUCUAUUCGGGCUCCAGUACUCUGGAA